AUGAGCGCAUCCGCACUAUCGCCGCCCGCCCUCGUCGGCGCCGCCUUCAGAUCAUCCUGCACCCGCCCUCGACUCUCUCGUUGCGCCAGCUUGGCUUUCAACAGCUAUGCUACCUCGUCCGAAUCACACACUCCCCGCUGGGCAGCCACUCCAUCACGCAUGGCCAUGCCUGUGCGCGCACGACCUGGCCCUCGCCAACGCCAAUCUCCUCCCUUCUCCGUCAAUGCAGACCCCUCCCUCCUCGACUCAGCAUACACGUCCUUCCUCGGCAAGAAUGGCGACGCCAUCUUGCCCGAAGAGAUCAAAUGGCUAGCCGUUACUCACAAGUCCUUCGAUCAUGCGAGAAGAGGCUUCAACGACAAGCUCGCUUUUCUGGGCAAGCGACUGUGCCAUGUGCAGUGUUCGCUUGCUCUGAUCGAGCAGCCCUCGAACACCUUCCACCACAGUCUUCAAGGCCGGCAAGAAACGAGAACAAACAAGCAGUGGUCGCAUCCGGCCAUGAGGGGUGUGGAGAACCUUUCCGACUUUGCAAAGAACAAGACGCUGGACAAGGAGAGAUUGGCCUCUUUGGCGCGGCAAUAUGGCUUGGAUGCUGUGGUGAGAUGGAAGCCGAGAAACUAUUUCUACAGNGUUGACAACCUCUCAUCGUCUGGUGUUGAUGUCGUUCUCGCCCACACUCUCUACUCAAUCAUCGGUGCCGUGGCCAUGGAGAAGGGAGGAGACUUUGCAAACAAGAUUGUGAGGGAGAGGAUACUGAACCCUCUUGGCCUCAAGUGA